GUCCACUAGGGUAGGGGUGAAAUCCUGGUGUCAUUUCAAUAUUCUGGGUGUAAAAUGUCAACCCAAGGAGGUUAAAAAUCAAGCUCCUUGGUCAACCUCACGCUUUAUUGUACCCAAACAAACGAGAUAAAUCUAAAUCUGAAUGGGAGGUAAAUUCGCAAGGUUUGCAAUGUAGCUAAACGUGCAGUAAGAGUUCGUUUGGUUUUCGACCGCUAGUUGGCAUUUCGAAAACCGACACUCCUGCCUUAUCCUUGGUAACAUCGCAAACGGUCACGUGUAUUGCAAUGAAAGGUUCAUUUAGUGGUUCCUCCCUGCAUGUGUCCUAGUUGUAAUGACAGUCCGAUUUGGAUUGAGUCAAUUGACUACAUUGUCAGCUUGACUCACCGAAACCUUUUGUUUGAGGUCACAGUCCACUUAUGUCACAGGGCACAAAGUUCAAGCAGUGACUCAAGUUCCUGAUCCCCCAAAACACGUGGAAUUGUAGGAACUGUGUGGAACAUCACGGGUCAUUGGUAUUUGCCAGAUAUCUGCUGAUAUUUGCAAGGUGCAACUGCAAGGUGAGAGUGAUUCUCAUCGUUUGUUAAUGUCCCAGAAGAUGUACAGGAAGUGAUAAUAUUCCCUACACGAGCUUUGAAAAGGCGACUCUGACCAUCUGCACGAUGAAAUUGGCAGUGUUUGGGGCGACUGGUCCUACAGGUGUUGAGGUUGUAAAGCAGGCCCUUGCGCUGGGCCAUGAUGUCACCGCACUGGUCAGGAACCCGGACAAGAUGAAAGAUCUGGUCCCUGAUAAGGACUUCAAGAUUGAGAAGAUCGACUUCUCCUCUCCCGAGUCGAUAGAACCACAUCUGCAGGACAAGGAUGUUGUCCUCUCCUGUCUGGGAAGUAAGAGCGCACCUUGGUCAGCAGUCACCUUUUACACAGACUCCAUGAAGGUGAUUGUUUCUGCCAUGAGGAAGAACAGCAUCAAACGGCUGGUCUGUGUGUCGUCCUGGUACCUCACUGACGACCCGUCAGACCCACCACCCUUUCUCUUGCGUUGGGUUUUCAAGCCUUUAUUUACUGGGCGAAUCUUCAAAAAUCUGGCGGAAAUGGAGCAGUACCUUCAUGGGUGCGAUGACAUCGACUUUACAGCCGUUAAGGCACCGCAUCUUCUGACAGGCCCUGUGACCGAAAUGGAGUUCCGGACUGAGGAAGGUGAGCAGGUACAUGACAGGGAGGGGAUGCGAGGGAUGUGCCGGGCAGAUGUGGCCAGGUUCAUGCUGUCAACGAUGUCGUCAGAGGAAUGGGUGAAGAAAUGCGUGGCUGUCAUUGCUGUUCCUAAGAAGUAGCGGAGUGUCUAUUAUCUGAUCCGCAUCAGGCCGAGUCAGGCAAGGUUAUAGCAAGUCGCCUGUCCUCUCAAAGAUAUGCCAAUGACACACCUGUCCGCCUGUAAGGAUGGGGAUGGACCAGGGAUGAUUGUGGGGAUAUGGGGGAAAUGGAGGACCAAACAUAGCGUAAAAUUCUUUAUUGAUACGUUCAUUACCGUGUAGCAAACAUGGACUUCCAACGCACAACUCAAUUUCAACUCACAAUAUAUGGAGGGUCACAGGGUAAAUGGGUUGUAUCAUUGGCAUGUUGACUUCAAAGCACCAUUGUAAUGGUAAUUGUGAAGCAUUUCAUUUCUAUAUUGAAUAUGGAAUUCUAAUGAAGAAUUAAGAAAAAGGAAACUUGUGCAAUUAUAAUACCGUUACUUCUGUAUGGAAUAUUGACUUCUGAUAUGCAUUUAGGCAAUCAACUAGUACAUGUAUCUGAUAAAAUAGCAGUAAAAGAAACAGAUGAUCCUACAUAUCAACUGUUCUAUAUUCCACCAUUUAAUACAUCACAAAUCUCCAUCAGACAGGAUCAAAGACGCACCAAGUCAUGGUCGAAUCUGGGUUCACUUUGGAAAGUCCACCUCUGCAAAAGAAAAUAAAAUCAAUGCCUAAAAGAGACGA